AUGACGACCGCCGCAAGACCAACCUUCGAUCCCGCUCGAGGCCACGACAAUAAGGCUCCGACUCUUCAAUAUAGUUCUCGCGAUCUAGCCUCACACACAAAGCUAAAAUACCGACGACCCGGUCAGACAACACAAGAAGAAAUCGAGGAGGUUGACCUCCGCGAACAGUUGCUCAAGGCCGAACAGGAUCACUUUGAAAAGAAACGAAAAGAGAUCGGUAGCACUAACGAUGUCGACGAGGAUUUCGAAGCAAAGCGCCAGAAACUUCUAGAAGCUGCUGCACUUGAUGCCGACGAUAGCGACGAUGAUAGUGACGAGAGUGAAGAGAGCUCAGAGGAUGAGGCCGAAGAUGAGGAAGAUGAUACAGCAGAAUUACUCCGAGAACUGGAAAAAAUAAAAAAAGAGCGUGCGGAGGAGCGAGAACGACAGGAACAAGCGGCUCAGGCGGAAGAAGCCAAGCGACGGGAGGAAGAGAUAGCCAUGGGGAAUCCAUUACUAAACAGAGAUUUCAGCGUAAAGCGAAGGUGGGACGAUGAUGUGAUUUUUAGAAAUCAAGCGCGGGGCGUAGACGACAAACCAAAAAAGAGAUUUAUCAAUGACACUUUGAGAAGUGACUUCCAUAGGAAAUUCAUGAAUAAAUAUGUCAAGUAA